GGUAGUGACUGUCAGUGUUGCCUGAGGUGAGGUGGAGGGUGUGUCGCGCCUCGCCGCUCCCCGCCUUCACUGUGCUCAUCUAACCCAUCCCCUUUACCUCCUCACCGGGAUAUAUCAGUGCUCUUAUUAUCCCUGGAACUUAUACAUCAAACUAGGAUUUUUGUCGUUUCGUCUGUGGAUAAUAAAGAGCCAUUUAAAGGUAGUGUGGCGGUGUUGGCGUGACCUACAGCCAGCUGCUUGUUACGAUGAGGCGCGAGGGUCGUUCACGUGGUGCCUGCGAGGUGUCAAUGGUCAGUUGACUGGUUUAGAUCAGCAGGUGAAGGGUGGCAUUCAAUGUCAGGUUGAGCCGAGGAGUGGAGGCGGAAAGCAUGGAUGACUGGGGACCCUCCCUCAACUACUUCUUCCACGAACACACUGAACACACUGAUGACAAUUGGUUCUAAGAGUAAACAAAUAUUGGUAUACCUCGGGCGAUCACCAGUGUUCCGGUGCGGAGAGCAUUUUGUUUAGUUACUCCUGAUAGACAUUGCGAAGUUACGUUUUCUCUUGCGGUAAACUGGAACGUUUUCUGUGAGGAGGGAAACCCAGGGCUAACUGUCGUUGUUUUUUAAGUACAAGUGAAAUUCUCAAGAUGCUUCAGCAAAUCCUCAACGAUAUGUACAUCGACCCAGAACUCCUCGCGGAGUUGGACGAGGAUCAGAAACAGAUACUCUUCUGCAAGAUGCGGGAGGAACAGGUUCGUCGCUGGAAGAUGAGAGAAGAUCAGCUGGACGAGGAAGACAAAAUAAUUCAACCAAAGAAGUCCAGUGGGAAGAAGGUGACGUUCCUGGUGGGUGGUGACGGGGAGCCAGUGGUGGUGGUGCUCGGGGGAGCCAAGGACGACGUCGACACCAUCCUCCAGGAGAGGGCCAGGCGCCAGGCAGAACUCGAGGCCGACCUCAUCAAGCGAGCAGCGGAGGAGGAGCUGGACAAGCUGGUCCGGUUGAGCCGGUCGACAGUCCAAGCCAUGGAGGAAGAGGCCAUUAGGAACACACAGCAAAAGGAGCGAGAUCCAACACGAGAGGCGGUUGUAAGAUCUUUACAGGAAGCAACUGUAGAGAUGGAAGGACACAUCCUGGCCAUGGAGGAGGCUGAGGCCCAGCAACAAAAGUUGUUAGUCAGCAAUACAACACCUCUAUCAAAUGGUGCUCCAUCCCCCGUUUCACCAGAAAUUGGCAGUUCUAAAUCACCCUUGUCAUCGUCUGCAUCAUUGUCAUCAUUGUCUUCAUUAUCAUCAAAUUCUUCAGCAUCAUUGCCACCAUCACCCCCUGCAUUCACUAUUUCCUCGUAUGGAAAUUGUCAGAACACCUCAACAAAGAAACAUAAUGGCUCGCCCUCGUGGGAUACUGCAACUAAGCCUUCAUCUAUUCAUGCUCCUUCCACCCUGACAGCAAAGCCUCCAAUCCUAACACCAAAGCCUAACCUGAUUCAUACUUUUACCCACACUCCAGUACCUCAUCCCCAAUCUUCCACCCAGCCACUUGUGGCCACAAACACAAGUAGUAGUAUUAAUAGUCAAAAUAGUCAUGGAUCAUCUCCACCCUCAUCUGUUUCUUCAAUCACAUCCACUCUGUCAUCCUUCACACCUUCACCAAUACCCUCAUUGCCAUCUCCCUCGUCUCCCAGAGCGCCUUCUCCACUGGCCAUCGUAGAAAGAGAUGACAAUGAAAAAAUACAGCAGAUGCCAUCACCUUCUUCAACUGUGGUUGGUGUAGCAGCACAGAUCAAGCGCUUUGAGCAGUUGUCCGAGGGAUCACUUGAAGCUUUGAAGACAGCCACCCUAGAGCGAGCCAAGAAACGAAGACAAAGAGAAAUCUUGGAACAUCUCCGCAGUCAGGUAGAAGCGGCACGCCAACAGGUUGCUGAUGCAACUACCAAACAGUCUGCUGAAAAGGAUGAUAUUGCUUGGCAAGAGCAAGAACGCAAGGCAAAAGAAGCAGAAAGACGUAUUAGAGAGAUAGCUCGUAGAGCCCGUGAGGAGCACCGCCGUGCAUCAUACAACUCUCCUCCAGCCCAUGCCAUCAACAGAAACCUUAAUGGCCUUACCCACAUUACCCUUUUCAAGAAUGGCAUUAAUGGGGUUAAUGGCCACACUGGGGUUGGAGGAGACAUUAAUGGCAAUAUCAAGACUGCAUCAGAAGAUAUGAGCAACAACAACCACAACCACCAAAGCAACAGGAGCAGUGGUGAUGGCAACAGUGGUAGUGUGCUUAAGAAUGGACAUAUAUCUGGAUGUAUGCGCCACAGACUACGUCCCCCUAAACCACCAUCUCGAGCAUCAAUUGUGGCAUGGUUUCGUGAGGAGGAGCUUCCUCGAGGAGCUGGGUUAGAGCCUUCACACCUCAAGAUUGCUCCCUGGUUUCAUGGUAUUAUCAGCCGUACAGAGGCAGAAGAAGUUUUAGCUGGAGCGGCUGUUGGAUGUUUCCUCGUGAGAGUGAGUGAACGUAUCUGGGGGUAUGCCAUAUCAUACAGAGCUGCUGACCGCUGCCGACACUAUCUCAUAGAUGUUACAGGAGGAAAAUACACAUUCUUUGGUUCACACCAAGCAUCUCAUGAGACCCUUAGUGAUCUUGUAGAGUACCACAAAAAAGAAGCCAUUACUACCACAGGCGGAGAGCUUCUGACCCGUCCCUGUGGCCAGCCUAACCCAAGGAGACCUGACUACUUGGAUCUAUUUUCAGGAACUCACUACUUGACAUUCUAGUUUCUACAACAAAUCAUGAAUUAAUACUGCACCUGUACAAAUAAUUUUAUAAGGAAAUUAGAUGGAAGCUGUAUUUUUUUUUAUUUACACUUCCAGCAUUAGCUAUCCUGUGGACAUAAAAUUUUGUAUAAUGUCUCAUGUAUGUGCUAAAGGUUAAUCCUGCCAUGUGGUAUAAUGGUGAUGCUGGGGACUACUGUAUAUAUCAUAGAAACUCUGCUCUGUGAACAUGAUUUUCUUGGUCCUGUUAUUGCUAAAAUCUAGUAAUGAAUUAUAUAUUUCAUAAUUAAUCAUUAUACAGUGAGUUUGUUGUACAUAAGAGUUUAUUUAAGUCUGAGAAUAUAAUAUAAUAGUCUUAAUAAUUGUAAACCCUCAUAAUUAUAUUUGUAGGAUAUACAUGUUAUUUACUCUUUUCCCCUGAAAAAUAAUAAUGAAAUUUCCUGCACUUGUGAUACAAUAAAAAUGUACUUCUGUAAAUAUAAUAAAAUUAAAGCAUAACCAAAUACUGUA